AUCCGGCACUCCUCACUAUCACCCACAACAGCUGCAAUCAAACGCAACAAGCUCCGAGAAACCACAAAACUUUCGCAAAAUGAGCCUCCGAAAUGUUUGCGGCAAAGGAAAUGCCUUUAACCUGUUGAACGUAUCCAGAAAUGUUCAAUGCCGAUCUUUGUCAGCCGCCGUGGCUGCUCCACAGCCCAAGCAGCAGAGAAACAGCCAGAAUAUAGUUUUGGUAGAUGGUGUUCGUACACCUUUUCUCACCUCCGGGACAACAUAUUCCAAGCUGAUGCCCCAUGAGCUGGCCAGGCACUCGCUUUUGUCUUUGUUGCAAAAGAAUCGUCUGGAUAAAGAACUCAUUGACUAUAUUGUGUACGGCACAGUUAUCCAAGAGGUGAAAACCUCCAACAUAGCCCGCGAGGCUGCUCUGGCGGCUGGUUUUAGUGACAAGACACCCGCUCACACCGUCACAAUGGCCUGCAUCAGUUCCAACGCGGCGAUAACAACCGGCAUGGGACUGAUUGCCACCAACACAUACGACGUGAUAGUGGCUGGAGGUGUAGAGUUCAUGUCCGAUGUUCCCAUCCGUCAUUCACGAAAGAUGCGAUCCCUUAUGCUUAAAGCUAACAAGGCCAAGACCCUUGGACAACGUCUGUCCCUGCUGUCAACAUUCAGACCAGGAUUCCUGGCUCCCGAGCUCCCUGCCGUAGCUGAAUUCUCCUCCGGAGAGACAAUGGGACAUUCUGCGGAUCGUCUGGCCUCUGCUUUUAAUGUGUCUCGUGCCGAACAGGAUGAGUAUGCCCUUAGGUCCCACACUCUCGCCAAGGAAGCCCAACAAAAGGGCUACUUUACAGAUCUGGUGCCGUUCAAAGUGUCUGGAGUGGAUCAAGUGGUUGACAAGGACAAUGGUAUUCGAGUCUCGAGCCCCGAGAGCCUGGCCAAGCUAAGGCCUGCCUUUGUAAAGCCCUAUGGAACCGUGACUGCGGCCAAUGCCUCUUUCCUCACAGACGGUGCUUCUGCUUGCUUAAUCAUGACGGAAGAGAAAGCUAAGCAGCUGGGCCUUAAGCCGAAGGCUUAUCUGCGCGACUUCCUCUAUGUUUCCCAGGAUCCAGUCAACCAGCUUUUAUUAGGACCUGCUUACGGAAUUCCGAAGCUUCUCAAGAAGGCCGGACUCACACUUAAGGACAUCGAUUCAUGGGAGAUCCACGAGGCUUUCGCUGGUCAAAUCGUGGCCAACUUGAAGGCUCUGGACUCCGACUGGUUCUGCAAGACCUACAUGGGCCUGAACGAAAAAGUAGGCAGCCCCGAUCUGUCCAAGUGGAACAACUGGGGAGGCUCGCUGUCGAUCGGCCACCCCUUCGCCGCCACUGGUGUUCGUCUGUGCAUGCACACAGCCAACCGCCUGGUUCGGGAGGAUGGCAAAUUGGGUGUGGUUGCUGCCUGUGCGGCUGGCGGCCAAGGCGUUGCCAUGCUUCUUGAGCGCUAUCCUGGCGCUACCGCCGACUGAAAUCGAAAUAGAAUUGGAAACGAAGAUGGAAAAAAAAGAGUGCAGUUCAACUGCGAGAUUGCCUAGCUUUUAUACAUUUUAAAAUACGUAUCUCUGAAUAAAAAAAUCUGAAUUUA